AUGAUGUUCAUAGGUGGAAACAACCGGCAUGUUCGCACCAAAAUUGCAAGUAAUAGACAAAGUAUCAAGAAUGGCCCAUCCAGCGAUAUCGAGAUUCCUGGUUAUCUUCAGUUAUAUCAAGCUCCACCAGGAGAUGACAUUUCACUAACGGAAUUUGACGAAAUUGCUAUGGAAAGACUGAAAUUAUUGAAGACAUUUGAAAAUUGCAAAGACAACCAUUCCAUUCAUAGUGAAGAGUUCAAAGCCAAGCUGAAAAAAGCAUGUGAAAGUAUCAAACUGAUUGGUAUGCUAGAAAAGUGUAGUAUUCUUAAAAACAAUCAGUUUUCAGUAUUUCCCGAGCAGAAACCAUUCAAUACAGAGGAGGCUGAUGAGCUUUGGCGUCGUGACAACAUCGGACACUUCAUUCUUCGUCUAGCAUUUUGUCGAACCCCUGAAAAUCAGAAAUGGUUCACUCAAAUCGAAGGAGAACUGUUCCGGUUCCGUAUGCGACAAGAGCGUGAAGUCGUCGUCGAUGCAUCUCUAUCCAAAGUAAAUAUUGAUAUUCAUCGUUUGACUGAUGAGGAGAAAAAACCAAUGGCUGUUGAUCUGGAGAACGCGUGUCAAGUUUAUUCACUUGAUAUGCCUAAAAAGGUGUUCUACAGAGUCGAUUUUCUGGAUGCCAUUGAGCUUGUUAGACGAGGAUCGGUGCAUCUGAAAAAAGGAUUCGCCUAUUUUCCAUUCGAUGAUUUGGUUACCAUUUUGGUGUCUAAAAUGAAGAAUACUAUGAUGGCAGCGAUGGCACGCGCCUUCAAACAUCUGGCUUUGCUGGAAGAGGAGGGAAGACUUCUUCCACGUCUUGCUCGCCUCUCAAACAACGCCUACAGUGGUAAAGAUUACAGUGGGGAGCAGGCGGAUGGAGCAAUUAUUAUCACUCGUCAUAUGAUUGAUAAACUCGUCGUCCGUUCAUUUGCGCCAUGUAUGAAACAAAUGCACAAACAUCUUCGACUCAAUCACCAUUUGAAAUAUGGAGCCAGAAGACAGUACGGACUGUUUUUGAAAGGAAUCGGCCUCUCGUUGGAUGAGGCGAUCGCAAUGAUGCGUGAUGAAUUCACCAAGAAAAUCACAUCGGAUAAGUUUGAUAAAGAAUACGCCUACAAUAUUCGAUAUAUGUACGGAAAGGAAGGACGUCGAGUACCACAAAAAGCGUUAAGUUGUGCCACGAUUAUUCUGAAUAAUCCACCAUCCGCAGUUGAUUGUCAUGGAUGUCCUUUCCGGCACUCGGAGAAACAAGUUCUCAAACAGAAGUUGUCCAGUGAAAGUGUUCUCAAAAAGGAACAAGUCGACCGGAUCUCCGAACUCGCCGAGCUGAACCAAUAUGAUAAAGCUUGCACCCGCUUUUUUGAGUUCACACACCAUCUGGAAGAAGGAGAGCUUGGUCAACUCAUCACCCAUCCCAACCAAUUUUACGAAGAAUCACAAAAGAUCAUCGGUGAAAGAAUCGCUGCUAAACGUGCUCAAUCUCAGACAGAGACGAAAGAGGAGCCAAUGGAUACUCAAUAA